UCUCGUACAGCACCAGCUUCUGCACGCAGCGGAUAAUCGGCGCUGCCGCAGCGGCGGGCAUGGCGAUAGCGGGACUAUUUUAUUUAUGGCUUCACCAGAGAAAAAACAAGAUUAUCCCUUUGUAGAUAUAUUUGAUGAAGAUGAAGCUGAAAAAUCCUUUCUGUUGUCUAAACCUACAUGCUUAAUUAUCCUUGGAAAGCCAGGUACUGGGAAGAAAACAUUAGCUAGAAAAAUAGCUCAGUUAUGGAAAUGCACACUCAUUGAAGCUUUGGAAGUAAUAGAAGAAAAUAUUACUGCAGGAACAGAAUAUGGACUUAAGAUGCAGGAAUUGCUUUUUGGAGGUCAAAGUAUUCCUGAAGAAGUGAUUACAAAGAUGAUUCUGAAAAAGAUUGAGUCACCAGAAGUUGCUCACUUUGGUUAUGUUCUCAGUGGAUUUCCUUCUCUCUCAGAGGAAUACAUGACUAUUUCGGAGCAAAUAGAGAAAAUUAGAAAUCUAAAAUUAAAACCAAAUUUCCUGAUUAACCUUAAGUGUCCUGACUAUGAUUUGUGCCAAAGACUCUCUGGGCAAAGACAGCAUCCUGAUGCAGGGCAGAUAUACCAAAGGAACCAGUGGGAUUCUGAAAUUAUUGACAAACGGAAGAAAAAGAAGGAUCAACAUAAAGGAGAAGAUGAGGAAGAGGAAGAGGAGGAAGAGCAGGAAGAAGAAGAUGAGGCAGCAGCAGAUGCAAUCAUGUUGUCAGAUAUUUUGCCUCAUUUGGUGCAGAGGCCUGAAGAUUUUUUGGAAAAUGCAGAAGCCAGGAUUCAUCUCUAUAAGGAUACCAUGCUAUAUCCUCUAGAGGACAUGAUGGCUGAGCAAGAUUCUCAGUAUCUUAUUGAACUGGACGGAAAUAAGCACCCAAAUGAGCUCUUUGCAUCCGUGAUAGCCCGGCUUCAAUCCAUGGGCCUUCGAAAUGGAGCUCUUAUAACCAGACUUCAAAACCCAGAAGAAGAGCUCUCAGAGGGGAUGGAAACUGAUGAACUUUUCCGGACUCUUUCAUCCUUCAAAAUAAUAGCACCUAGAUACCGAUGGUGUAGAAGCAGGUGGGGUCGAGCAUGUCCUGUAGCUUUAAAAGAGGGUAACAUUGUAAUGGGGCUUCCAGAUUUAGCUGUCAGUUUCCUAGGUAAAAUGUAUUUAUUUUCAUCUCAAGAAGCAUUGAGAGAAUUUAUGUUGAAUCCACGUCCCUAUCUGCUACCACCUAUGCCACUUCCUCCUUGUAAAGUAGUAGUAUUUGGACCUCCAUUGUCUGGAAAAACAACUCUUUGUAACUGGAUUGCAAACAAAUAUAAAGGAAAGGUUCUUGAUAUGGACAAACUUAUUCAACCAUGUAUGGAAGAAGCAAGGAAAAAAGUCAUUGAGCAAGCUCGUAUUGAUGCAAUAGAUGUUGCAAUUACAAAAGUGAAAAAUAAGCUGGAAAUAGAAAAAAUGUUAAAAGAGCAAGCUGUAAUAGAUGCCCAAGAAACUGGUAGUUACAAAGAAACAGAUGAAUAUGAAGAAAGUGAGGCCACUAAGCCUGAGGAAGAAAGAAGCAUGGAAGAGCAGAGUAGAGAUACAAGAUCUGACACCAGCAAAGAAAAGACUGACAAUUCUUCAGAACAAGAAGCUGAAUCAUCAGUGGAUACUAAAGACACCACUGAGGAUACUUCCAUGUCCAGAACCGAUGGAGAAGGAACGACAGAAGAACUAAAUGAAGAUACAUCAGAGUCAGAGGUAACUGCUGAUCACCCAGAAGUUCAAGCUUUGGUAGAAGAAGCUGUAAAAAUUGCAGCACAAUCUCCAAUAAUGCUACCGGCUGAAGUAUAUGCUGAAGUAUUAGAGGAAGCCAUUACAGAGCUCACUAAGAAGAACAAAGACAGGUUUCCUGGGGCUCCAGAAAAAGGAGGAUGGGUACUGGAUAACUAUCCUACAACAUCAGAGCAUUGGUUAGUCUUGUCAGAAAAAGGCCUCUUACCUGACACUGUCGUCUGUCUUAAGAAUAUAGAAAAAAAUGGAAUAUUUUUACUACGCAGACUGUACCUAACAAAUAAAGAUGAAAUUAAUUCUAAGAUUUUGGAAAGACUUACAGAUGAAGCAUUAAAAAAGCAAAAAGAGGAGGAAGAAACAAGGAGAGAACUGCAAGAGGUGCUGAAAUUAAAAGAAGAAAAUCAGCAACCUGUAAAGCCUGCUGAAGACAAAUAUGAAAAAUAUGAGGAAGUGGAAGAGUACUCUCCACUUGAAACAGAACAAACUGCUCAGAUGCAAUCCGUUGAUUCCAAAGAGGAACCUAAACUGAAAGAAUCAGGAGACAAACCUCCACUUGAAACAGAAGUAAUACCUCAGGUACAACCUGACCGCACCAAAGGGGUUGUGGAACCUAAACCUGAACCAGAAAUCAUGUUACCUGAGUUUCCAGAGGAUGGUUUCCCAGAUGUACCAGAAAUAGAGCCAUUUAAAGAGAAGAUUAAGCUAUUCAUGCACGACUGGCAAAUACUAGAGCCAGGAAUCAGUGAUUCAUCUUUAAUUCAGACUGCUGUUUUAGAGAUUGCUGAGCAAACUCCAGAAACACUGCUUAAUCAAAUUGUCCUGGUGAUGGAAAAACCUUUUAAAUAUUAUGGUUGGGAAAUAUCUGCAGAAGAUCUAGAUGAAGAAGCAGACGAUUUGCAGGCAGAAGGGGAGGCUGAUGAAGAAUUAGAAGAGGAAGAGCAAGAAGAAAAUGAUGAAGAUGAAGAUAAAAUUAAUGAAAAGAAGAGACACAUGGGAGACACCAAACACUUUUGUCCAGUGAGUCUGAAGGAGAACUUUGUCCUUUUCCCAGGGAUUGCUGAACAUGGAGCUAUAUAUCGAGAAAAAUUUUACUAUUUUUCAAGUCCUGAGUCCAGAGAAAAGUUUUUGGAGAACCCUGAGGAGUAUGUUGCUCACAAGGAACCAUUACAAGCUCCUCCCUUAAGACUGUGCCUGCUGGGCACACAUGGAGCAGGUAAAACUAUCUGUGGCCGAUGGCUAGCUGACAAAUUAGGAAUUUUCCAUAUUCAGUUCGAAGAACGUCUACAGGAAAUGAUCAUGCCCAAAACUGAAAAGAGAGUUGGACUUGAAUUUGACGAGGAACCUGAGGAAGAGCAGAUUGACAUGGAAGCUCUCUUUCAGGAAUUGGGAGACUCCUCUCAGACUAAUACAGAAACUGAAAGUGAAAGUGCACAUGAAAAUGAAAGUAACAAAAAUAAAGAGAUGAAGGAAGUGGUGUUAACUGAUGAGGAAGAAAUAAUCAAAGCGAACAUAGUAGAUAAUGAGGCAUUGACACCAGAAGUGCUUGAUAAAAUUGUUCCUGAGUGGUGGACAAAGGAGCCAAUCCGAUCCACAGGAUUUAUACUAGAUGGUUUCCCUCGUACAUUUGAGGAGGCCCAGUACUUAUCAGAGCGAGGACUCUGUCCUGAUGUUGCAGUUUUUAUCCAAGUGGAAGAAAGUGACAUUUCUGAUCGUCUUCUUCCUCCACGUUUGAAAAAAUGGAGGGAUAGACAAAAUAAAAAAAUGGAAAAUAAGAAGAAGCUGAAAGACAUGAAAGAAAAAAUAAAGGAAGAGAAGAUUGCCAAAAGAAGGGCAGAACUUUUAGCAGAGCAAGCCAAAAAGAAAGAGGAGGUUGCAUUGCUGGUUGCUAUCACCUCAGCCAGAAGUAUAGUUGCUAAGAAGUUUGCAAGUGUCUAUGGGUUAAUGCGCUUAUCUGUGGGAGACGCUAUAAGACUAGUGUUAAAUAAUCAGCCAGAGAGCGAGUUGGCACUUAUGUUAAAGUGGCAUCUUCAUAAAGGACUGACUGCACCUGAUGAACUGGCCAUCCAGGCUCUAGAAGUGGCUCUGAUGGAUCAUGUGUGCAGCACUGCUGGAGUUGUUAUUGAUGGGUAUCCUGUAACAAGAAAACAAGUAAGCAUCUUGGAAGCAAUGAGAAUAAUUCCAGUGAAAAUCUUUGAGUUACAAGUGGAUGCAAAGGAGCUUUUUAGAAGAGCACUGAUAGACAAGGAAAGCACUGACAGUCCACCUUAUCCUAUACAUGACAGCUCACAGAUUCUAGCUAUUCAGAACUCCUGCUAUAAAAAGCAAAUUGAUGCUAUUAGGACUUACUAUGAGAAGGAACAUCAGAACUGGUGUGUGGUUGAUGCAUUCCGCAGCAAGUGGUGGGUCUGGAACAAAAUAUUUGAGGAAGUUCAGGUGAUCAUUAAACAGAUCCAGACAUAUUUGGAAAGAAUAAGAGAAGGAAAAGCAGCCAGUAUUGCUGAUUUAUGUAUCACACCCCAAGAGCUGCAGUCUCGGCUGGGAGAGUUUGGACAAUAUUGUCCUGUCAGCCUCGCAAAAAAGGGUGAACUGGUUGACUGCUCUGUAACCUCAUCAUUGCAGUCUGCAGCAGAGUUUCGAGGACACUAUUACAAAAUGGCUUCACAGGCGGAAUUGAAUGAAUUCUUGAAUGCACCAGAGUUGUAUGUGCCACCAUUAGCACCUCAUCCUCUUCCCUCACCAGAUAUGCUACCAAAGAAACUGACAAUGGCAGAAGUGAAGGCCUUAUUCCCUAAAAAGGCUGAAAUGCAAGGAUACUGUCCAGUCACUUACCUAGAUGGAAAACAAAGAUACGAAGCCUUGGUACCUGGCACCAUUGAGUAUGCUGUGGAAUAUCAAGAUAAGCUAUAUAUUUUUGAAAGUGAAGAAAAACUCCAGAAGUUUAUGAGGUUACCAGAAAAGUACUGGAAUCAGAAGCUUCCACAUAAACUCCCUCCGAUAAAGGAACCAGUUCUACUUACUGCUCUUCCCCUGACUGGAUAUCUUGAACAGGGGAUAGCAACUGCUCUAAUAAAAGCUAUGAAUGAAGUGGGCUGUUUAAAGCCAAAGUUUCCGUUCUUAAGUGUAAAAAAAACUGCUCUGCUGUUUGUGGCCUAUCAUUUAAAAGCUUACAACCCCAGGAGCUCAGAAUAUGUACGAAAAAAGUACAAGAGGAAACUGGAGCAGUUCAUAGAUCACUGUGACCUCAUCCCCUAUUUGGGUACUAAAAUGACGCGUAAAUACAAAGAACCUCAAAAUAGACCUAUUGACUUUGAUCACAAAUUACAGAUGUUUUUGUGUCUUAAAGAUGUAGAUCCAACCUCUGGUUAG